AUGGCGCGCCCAAUCGAGUAUAUCAGUAGCAUUGACGAUUCGAAGGAUUUGUGGAAGGUUGCUGUUAGAUGUAAGCAUCUGUGGUCUGUUACCAGUUCUCAGAAUAGAGAGCACUUAGAGCUUAUUCUGUUUGAUUCAAAGUUGGAUUUGAUUCAAGCCAUUGUGCCAUCUUAUUUGGUAUCAAAAUUCAAAACACAGGUUGAACUUGAAGUUGGUUGUUCCUACAUAAUGCAGAAUUUCAAAGUUUCCAGCAAUGAUUUCUCCUUCAAAUCCACUGAUCAUAAGUUCAAAUUGAUUUUCUGUGGUUCAACUUCCGUCAAAAAGGUCCAACUUUCUGACAUACCUCUGAACCACCUCAAGUUAAUUGGAAUAAAUGCUAUUAUUGAGGGUAAAUACAGAAAGAAUUUGUUAUAUGAUAUAAUUGGUGGGGUUACUGAAAUAUCCCAAGCCCAGAUAAUUCCUGAUAACAACAAAAGCAAGAUUGUGUUUUCAUUAACUGAUCUGAGCAAACAUCAUGUGCAAUGUACUCUUUGGGGUAAAUUAGUUGUGCAACUGAAUGAGUAUUAUACGACUCAUAAGGCUGAUGGUAGUAUUGUUCUCCUACUUAUGAAUGCAAGGAUCAAGGAACCUCAAGGAAAUUAUCCUUUAAAUGUAUCAAAUGCUUGGAACGGCACAAAACUGCUCAUCAAUGAUUUGUCUAUUGAGGAGGUUAAAAACCUUAAAGAGAAACUUAAAGAUGAUCUGCCGACGCUCUCAUCCUCGAGCAUGAAAAUGGAAACCACAAAUACCUCAGUUUUUUCUGAUUUGGACAAAUUUGUAUGGAAAGCUGAAGUGUUGAGUCUGUCUGAUAUUGCAUAUCUGCAGACAGAAACUACAUGUGUGACUGUUGCGACUCUGGAGAAGUUUGAAUGUGGGCAGUCAGGAUGGUAUUAUGAUGGAUGUAGUGAAUGUACUAAAAGUGUGACUUUGAAGGAUGGAAAAUUCAUGUGUUAUUCCAAACACAUCAGUUCUGAGCCAGUCCCAAGGUUUAAGCUUGAAGUGCUUGCCUCCGAUGGAAAGUUAAAAUACAAGUUCGUAUUUUGGGAUGUAGAUUGUGUAAAGUUGAUUGGGAAGUCCGCCCUUCAGAUGAAGUUGGAUUUGAUGGAGACUGGAGAUUUUGAUCCCCUUGAAUUCCCUUAUGAACUUGAUGUGAUGCUGAAGAAGGAGUUGGCUAUAAGAGCAGUGUUUCAACCAAACAAGGCCAGUCUUUCUGUAAUCGAAUUUAAGGCAGAUGAAGUGCUACGUACCAAAAUAAAGGAGAGGUUUAAAUGUGAAGAGCACACUUCAAAGAUUGUCGUCUCAACAGAUGACACUCGGGAUAAUAUGCAUACAGCAUCAUGUACUCCGACCAUCAGCACCUCGGAAAAACAGUCUCAUGCUGAUCCACAAACAGUUUCAGAUCCGUUAUCAAUCACUGCAGAUUAUGACCCUUCAGUUGCCAACUCUGCACUUACACCGUCAAAAAGAUCUAUUCCUGAGACAGUUGAAGAACUCGACAGUGCCCAACUAUCAUCCACCAAGAUAAUAAGGGACAUCAAGCUGGAGAAAUGA